AUGAGGCUCAAAGCGCUCCUCUUUGCCGCGUGUUUAUCGCCCGCGCUGGCGAUUUACUCCGACGAGGUCAAUCAUGUUGACUUCCACCACGCCCUCCUCGGUACCCCCUCACCCGACUCGACCUUCUUCCUCAAGCCAUCUACCGCUUCCAAUGCGUCCCUCCUAUAUACACUAUCAGACAAGUUGCUCGUGGGUGCGGUGAAUCCCCGAGAUGGCGCGCUGGUAUGGCGCCAGAACCUUUCGCAGUCGGAUUUGCCUGCCCGCGGGCCCGGUUUCUUGCGCGGAUUGGAUGGUAAUGAUGCUCUUGUCGGUGCUGCAGGCCACUCCAUCUCAUCAUGGAGUGCUCAGGAUGGCAAGCUGGGCUGGGAAAAGCGUUUCAGUGACGGCGUGGUCGCGGAUAUUGAGCUGUUGGAGCUCGAGGAUGCCACCGCGACCUCCGGCAUCAGAGACACGAUCGCGGUGGUUGGCAGUGAUGGUGUCGGAAUCGUGAGACGCCUGGACGGUGCCACUGGAAAGAAUGUGUGGGAAUACAAGGACACCAGUGGUGAUAUUCCUUUCCAGGUGUCAUCCUCCUCGACGGAAGUUUUCUACAUUUCCCUCCAAUCGGCUAUGCUGAAGGGCUACAAAGUCAAAGUUACUGUGUUGGACCCUUUGACUGGACGACAGAUCCGUCAACAAGCAUUGAACUCCGACACCGACGUGACCACCCCCGAAUCCAUUCUUUAUGUCGGUGCCAAUUCUGCCUCGCCUGUCAUUGUAUGGACAGACAAGGCACAGAAGUCCUUGAAAGUCAAUGUGAUCGGAACUAAGGAGGUCACUUCGAUCGCCAUUGAGAACACCUCCGGUGCGGAAAUUCGCCAGAUCGCUGUCCACGCCCCGAACAAACUCAACGCGUUGCCUCAUUUCUUGGUCCAUUUCGUGACCGAGACUGGCGCCUGGGCCGAGGUGUACCACGUGGACUUGAUGUCUUCCAAGGUUUCCAACGCUUACCGUUUGCCGUAUCUUCAGGGCCAGUCGGUGGUUGCGACCAGUGUCAUUGACGCCAAUGUUUACUUCACUCGGAUUACUGAAGUGGAAGCCAUCGUUGUAUCUUCCGCAUCCCAUGGAGUUCUGGGGCGCUGGGAUUUGCAGGCAUCUGCUUCCGAGGUUGGCCUUCACUCGGUCUCCGAAAUCGUCACCAAAGGAAAGGCUUUGGCUGUUAGAUCUGCUUUGUUCCGAGAGCAUGGAGAUUGGCAGCUCAUCCGAAAUGGCCAGAUCGAAUGGACUCGAUAUGAAGGUCUUAUCGAUGCGGUUGCAGCUACCUGGGCGGAAACCGAUGUGCAGGAAGAUCUGGCCCAUGAAUUGGAGGUCGAAGGGCACGAGACUUUGUACGGUGCUUACCUUCAUCGUGUGAAACGUCAUGCUCGGGACUUGCAGCAUUUGCCAGACUGGCUUCAGGAUCUGCCAAAGCGUAUCCUCAGCAGUAUUCUAACAGAUGAGGUUUCCAACCUGGAUAGCUUUGGAGUUGCCAAGCCAGUUAUUAUUGCCACCAGGAAUGGCCGCGUCCACGCCUUGGACACCGGUAAGCACGGCGCCGUGUCGUGGAGCGUCAACGUUGCGAAGACCACGCAGUGGGAUGUGAAGGCGAUCCUGAGCUCCCCUGGAGCUGUGACCGUUUACCCCAGUGAUGGAAGCUCUGUGACUCUGAAUGUCUCUACCGGAGAUAUCAUUUCGCGCACUGAGCCAUCCGACAACACACUUCAUACAAUUGCUAUCCUUGGCCGCAAGGAUAGCAACUCGUUGAUCACAGCGGGUGUUGGCGCAGAUGGAGCCCCUGUCACUGCAUAUGCCAAAGAAAAUGGCUUCCUGGUUACCACGAGCGCAGAUGGUCGAGUCCUUGGGUGGAUUUCCGCAGACAACAAGUCGCCCGUCUGGGAGUUUGUUCCUCCCUCCGGACAGAAGGUCAUUAAAGCAACUGCUCGUCCUGCGCAUGACCCUGUCGCGUCAAUUGGCAAGGUCCUUGGGAAUCGCUCCGUUCUGUACAAAUACCUCAACCCUAAUCUAGCCUUGGUGACUGCUGUGGAUGAAAAUGCCAAGACUGCUAGCUUCUACCUGCUGGAUGGUGUCUCCGGCAAGGUUUUGCAUGCAACUACCCAGGCAGGCGUUGACUCUACCCAGCCUAUCGCAUCUGUCGUAUCUGAGAACUGGCUCGCCUAUUCUUUCUGGGGUGAUGUUGCUGCCGAUGAGUCCUCGGCUAAGGGCUACCAGCUGGUCGUCUCGGAACUUUACGAGUCUCCGCUACCUAAUGAUCGGGGCACGCUUGACUCUGCUAGCAACUACUCUAGCGUUGACACACUCCCGUUGCCUCAUGUCAUCUCUCAAGCAUUUAUGAUUCCCGAACCUAUCUCCCACAUGGCCGUCACCCAAACUCGUCAGGGCAUCACCACGCGUCAACUCAUCUGCACCCUUCCCUCCUCCAAUUCUAUUGUCGGCAUCCCUCGUCCCGUCCUCGAUCCCCGUCGCCCUGUCGACCGGGACCCUACCGCUGCCGAGACUGAGGAGGGUCUCUUCCGCUACACCCCUUACCUUGAAUUUGAUGGCAAAUGGUACCUGUCGCACGCUCGCGAUGUUGCCGGCAUCAAGGAGGUGCUGUCCUGCCCCACCCUGUUGGAGAGUACCAGUCUUGUCCUCGCUUAUGGUGGCGAUAUCUAUGGUACAAGAGCCACCCCAAGUCAAGCCUUUGAUGUUCUCGGCAAGAGCUUCUCUAAGCUCCAGCUCGUUCUGACUGUUGUGGCACUCGGGGUAGGUGUCACCAUUUUGGCUCCCAUGCUACACACCUGA